AUGGAGUACUAUGCUUUUAUUUGGCUUUUAAUUGCCAUCUCUAUGAUAAUAAAUGUUAUUCCUGUUACCUCAAAACCCAAUUCUAUUACUUUGAUCAAAAAUGCUCCUAAACAUUCUUUGAAUGAAAUUUUUCAAUUCAAUAGAGAUUAUCUUACGUCUAGAUACGAACAUUUAACCCGUGGCCCUGAUCAAUAUGCCCUUAAUAAACUCGCAUCUGCUGAAAAAAGAUCUAAAACCAUUAAUAUUGCAGCAUCUGAAUUUGGAUACUUUGGACCAGUCGUUAUAGGUGGUCAAAAAUUUAACGUUAGGUUCAGCUUAGCAGAUUCUGAUCUUUGGGUUAGUAAUAGUUCUUUAAUAAUUACAAAUAUUUACAUUAUUUUAGCAGAAAGUUUAUCGAAAACAUUUAGACCCCUCAAUACUAAUUACGCAAUCUCGUACGGACCUACAGUAGUCCAAGGUGUUCUUGGAAAUGAUAAACUUUUAGUAAACAGGAUAAAAUCUGACCAAAUAUUCGGUCUUACACAUUCAGAAAAUGGAUUUCUUAAGAAAGCUGUAUUUGAUGGGAUGUUUGGUUUGGGUUUUGACAGUCUUAGUCAUUUCAAUACUACAUCGCCUUUUUCAAAAAUGGUUAAACAAAAGGCCGUAAAAAAUCCUUAUUUUGGUCUUCAUAUAAGUGGUGAGGGUGACGUGGGAACAUUAACUUUUGGCGACAUUGACAAAACUAAAUUCACUGGUAAACUUAAUUACCACAAUGUAUCUACCAUUAAUGGUGAAUACGUAUUUUGGAUGACUAACGCGGACAACAUUUCUAUUAAUGGUAAAAAACUUAAAUACAAGAAAAAAAUGGCUAUAUUUGAUACUUCCGCAUAUGCCGUAUUUAUGUCAUCUGAUGAUGCUGAUGCCUAUCAUAAAUUAAUUAAAGGAUCAGAAAAGAGAAAGAUAUCUAAUGAUGUUGGAGAAGCCUAUGUUGUGCCCUGUAACACAACUGUUAAA